AUGCCGCCACCUGAGCAGUCUGCUCAUGGCUUCCCCGCCGCCCCGCCGGCAGCAGGGCCAUCCGCGACCAAUGCACCCAUGGCGAACAACUUGGUUCCGCCGCCCAGCCACUCGAUCGCCCCCAGCGUGAGCGGGCCGACCUCCCAAGUGGCGCUGGCGUAUGCCAACGCGCAACUCGCCCAGUAUGCGGCCGCGGGGGGGGCAUUGCCUGCACAUCUGGAUGCUAACGCCCUGGCAGCUUUCGGGAAUAUUGGCGCUUCGGCACCGGGCAGCGGAGCAUCCAGUCCAGGCGCGCCAUAUCGCUCCCUUCCACAGACCGGCUACUCGACGCCCGGCGGAGGCCUGCCGACGUUCGACAAGCCCAUCCAUACCAAUGGACGCAUAGCCGCGUCCGCGAUCACGGGCAAGCGACUUAAUUGGAGCGAUAUGAUUUGUCAGACCAUCGCCGAGAGUCCGGACGGGAGGUUGGUCAUUCAGGAUCUGUUCGAGAAUAUGUGCGCCAAAUUUCCAGAGAUUCGAGAAUGGGCGUAUGGAAAGGACUGGGAAGCUCGCGUCAAAAACCGCAUCAAGUCGACCCUUUCAAUUAAGGGGAACCUUUUCAUAAAAGUCCCGCGGCCCUCCUCGGCUGCAGGUAAGGGAUCUUGGUGGACAUUAAGCCAGGAGGCGCAAGAAGCGUGGAAGGCUGGGCGGGUUGCCUCCGUCGUCAAGAAUCAAGGCUCACAUGCGAACCAUGCGAGGUCGCACUCAGGCGCUAGCACACAUGCUGCAGCGACUGGAGGAGCUUCGAAAGAUCACGGAGGAUCAGCGCAUGGCCCGCACAGCCAUGCACACGGCGCCGCUGGUCACAAUGUGGGCACUCAGAGUGCAGGACCCUCGAGUCGACAUGGCAGUCCAGUUAUCGGGCGAAGGUCCAUUAGCGGACUCAACGGGCACAGCUUGUCGAUGACCAAUCUUCGAAAUGCAAUCCAUGCUUCUGGGAUCGGCCAACAACCGCAGGGGCUCACAAUGAUGACACCAGCGCAACAAGCAAUCACCAGCUUCAGUAUCAACCCCAUGACAGCCGCCAGCAUUCAUUCGGACGGGUUUUCCAGCCCUUUUGCUGGAACGGGUACCAUGACGCCAACUGCUGGCUUCUUGCUCGAAUCCUUGAGCAUGCAAGGGCUGGAAGGGAAUCCACCUCUAUCUGUCAAUCCACCAGAGCGAGAGUUUGGGUCGGUGGACAGCGAUCUGGCAGCGAGACGCAUGCGAAUGAUGGAGAACAGUGUCAAUGAUGCCUUCCAAGCAUUUUCUGCUGCAACUGCUGACCCCAUCAAUGGCCUGACUACGACCGCUCCUGGCGCGGGUCCGAUACCUUGGCAGCCGGCGGGGCCGAGUGGAUCAUCCAUCGAUACGCAACCCUCUUCGCUGAGCCCUGAAGACGCCGCGGCAUCUUCCUCUGCCGAGUCGGAUCUCAGCAACCCACUUGAAGGGACAACGGCUGCGCUUCUGAAUUCGCUCGGCGUCGAGGGUGCGAGCGGUGGCUUUUACGACAACUCUGAUCUCAAUUUCGGAUCGAGCUUCCCAGCUUUUGGCGAAUCGAGCGCAGCGAUGGGCGGCGACGUGACGAACACCGCCAACUCGUUCUCGCCAAUGGACUCGCAACCUUUCCAGGCGUAUACGCCGGUCAUGUCUUCUGCGGAUGGCAAUGGGCUGUACGCCGCCAUCGGUCCGCCUGGGACCAAUACCACGGACGGGCCCUUCUUUGCCACUGCUACUCAACAAGGACCGACUACCGGGAAGCUGAGUGGCGGCGGAGGUGGGGGUGAGGCUGGCAGCAAUUCGGCGCCAGGAACGACAGGGCUGGAGUCGGCGCGACAAGACGAGCAGAAAGCCGCCCAGUCUUCCAAUGCGCCUGGUUGA